CGAGGGUCUCCGAUUUGGUUCUACCGCAAUUCCCAAAACCGCGACGCGCUCUCGGGCUCUCCCGGCGCUUCCUCCUCCCCGUGGGCUCCCCCGUGCUAGGGUUUUUCGACCUCGAAGUUGGUUGUAUGAUGGGCGAUAGCGGAAAACGUUAUCGGCAGCAGAGGGGCAACGAUAACGAAGGGAGAAAUCAGAAGAAGAGAUUUGUUAACAAAGAAGGUUCCGGCGAUGGCGAGUUGGUCAUCUACCGCAUACUUUGUCCGAGCAGUGUUAUCGGGAGUGUGAUUGGUAAGAAUGGUAAAGUGAUAAACUCAAUCAGACAAGAGACGCACGCGAAAGUAAAGGUCGUAGAUCCCUUUCCCGGUGCGGACAAAAGAGUCAUUAAUAUAUAUUGCUAUGUCAAGGAUAAAGAACCUAUGGAUGCUGAUGAGGAUGGCAAAGAACCUAUUUGCCCUGCCCAGGAUGCACUACUUAAGGUACACGAUGCUAUAGUUACUUCUUUGGCCAACGCUAGUGAUUCUGACAAGAAGAGCAAGGAGGAAGCAAACAUUCUUGUGCCGGCGAGUCAGGCAGCUAAUAUAAUUGGUAAGUCUGGGGCGACCAUUAAGAGGCUCAGAUCAAAUACUAAAGCCAACAUUAGAGUUAACCCGAAGGAUCCCAAUGAAGCUACCCAUUCCUGUGCGAUGAGUUUUGACAACUUUGUUCAGAUAACAGGAGAUUCCAAAGCAGUUAACAAAGCAUUGUAUGCAAUAUCUGCCAUUAUGUAUAAGUUUUCACCGAAAGAAGAGAUCUCCCUUGAAACUUCUGUUUCAGAGAUUCCUCCGAGCAUUAUAAUUCCUUCAGAUGUGCCAGUUUAUUCGGCUGGUGGCUUCUAUCCAAGUGUGGAUUCUUUUGUUCCUCCUAGAUCUGGGUUAUCAACCAUUGGCACGACACCACAUCCACCUGACCUUUCUGGGUUAACCAAUGCAGCUAGCUCAUGGCCAAUUUACCCAUCUGCUCUUCCUGUUGUUUCUGGGUUCAGCAGUUCAUCAAGGUCUGAGGAGCUAAUCUUACGCGUCUUAUGCCCUUCUGACAAAAUUGGACGGGUUAUUGGUAAGGGGGGGAGCACUAUAAAGAGUAUAAGGCAAGAGAGUGGUUCGCGUAUAGAUGUCGAUGAUACGAAGGGUGAAACUGAGGAGUGCGUUAUCACUGUUUCAUCCACAGAGUCCACUUAUGAUGUGAAAUCUUCAGCAGUCGAAGCUGUUUUGCUGCUCCAAGGAAAGAUUAAUGAUGAAGAUGAUGAUACUGUUAAUAUCCGCCUUCUUGUUCCAUCUAAGGUUAUCGGUUGUCUUAUUGGCAAGGGUGGUUCAAUUGUAAAUGACAUGCGAAAGAAGACCAAGGCGGAUAUUCGCAUCUCAAAGGGUGAAAAGCCCAAGCAAGCUUCUUCUAGUGACGAGCUUGUUGAGGUCUCGGGAGAAGUGGGUCACGUCCGCGAUGCACUUGUUCAGAUUGUUUUGAAGCUUAGGGAGGAUGCUUUGAGGGACAAGGAGGGCAGCCAGAAUGUUACAAAAGAUAGUAAUCCGGCUAUUCCACCUGUUGAUCCUUUAUAUACCAGUGCUCUGCCUACGAUAUUGUCCAGUAUGCCACCAGUAGCUCCUUUGAGCUAUGAGUCCAGAGUGGAAGCUGAAAGGGAAUUGACAGUUUUUCCUGGGGGCAGUUUGUAUGGGUACAACUCUUUGCAGGCUGGAGAGAACAGCUAUGGAUCACUUUCCUCGUAUUCCUCAAAGUUGUAUGGAGGAUUACCUCCUUAUACUGAGAUGGUGAUUCCUUCACAUGCCUUGUCUAAAGUUAUGGGGAAAGGUGGGACAAACUUGGAAAACAUUAGAAAGAUUUCUGGAGCUCACAUAGAAAUAGUCGAUUCAAAAACAUCCCAUUUUGAACGCAUUGCUCAGAUUUCUGGUACACCCGAGCAGAAGCAAUCAGCGGAGAACUUGAUUAAGGCUUUUGUAAUGUCAACUUAAGGCAUGCCAUUUAUGCUUCCAACCACCGUUACUAGAUCUCCUCUUCUGUCGCCACUCACUUUCUUUCCGUACUUUCCUUAGUUUUGCUCAGGAUAUCUCUCAGAGCCUAUUCGAGUUCCUGAAGAAUCUGAUGCUGACUUGUCUUUGUGGAGAACGUCCUCCUAUGCGUUUGAAUCUUCUCUAGUUAUCCUGCGACCCUAAAACCUUUCCUUGUUUUAUCUGGUGUUAUUUAACUACUAGUCUAUGUUUACUAUCUUUGCACUGCCGGUCUCUCUCUCUCUCUCUCUCUCUCUCUCUCUCUCUCUCUCUCUGCUAAGUAUGGUUAGGAUCUUCCAUCGACAUGGUGUGAUGUAACAAAGUUUCUUAAUUGCUUCUGAAUUGCACUUCUUAGUUUGUCAUCCUUGAAACAGAAAUUAUGUUAAUUGUCCGUUAAAACUUGGUAUUGCUCUGAA